AUGGACCGCUUCCUCCGCUACACACUAAAACGCAGCACCCCGGGCCAUCUAUUCCGCUUCGGCCUCAACAGCCUGGGAGUGUUUUGCGCAUGCACACUAAUCUGGGAACACCUGAUCACUGUCCAACUGAGCGAAGGACCAUCGAUGUACCCGACUUUCAGUCCGCGAGGCGACUACCUUCUCAUAUCGCGAGUACACAAGCACGGCCGGGGGAUUCAGGUCGGCGACGUGGUGCGGUUCUAUCAUCCGACGUUUUUGGGGGUGAAUGGGGCGAAGAGGGUCAUUGGGUUGCCGGGGGAUUUUGUGUGUAGGGAUUUGCCGUUUAGUAGGGAGGUUGGUGGGGAGGGGGAGAUGAUUAGGGUUCCUGAAGGGCAUGUCUAUCUUGCUGGGGAUAAUUUGCCGUGGUCGAGGGAUUCCAGGAAUUAUGGCCCUAUACCGAUGGCGCUUAUAAAUGGGAAGAUCAUCGCGCGGGUGUGGCCGUUGCAUAAGUUUGAGUGGGUGAAGAAUACGUUGGAGACGGCGGAUUUGCCGGAGUGA